UGGUCUAUGUUUGUUUUAUAUAUUUUGUGGUUAAGUAAAUUUAACUUAAAUUCUUAACUAAAUUUACUUACUUUUGUCAAGGUAAUUCCCGCCGUAUGUAUAAGACAUGUUUGAAGCACAAGAAAUUAAUGUAGAGCACAAAGAUUUAAUCCAUGAUGUGGCAUAUGAUUUUUAUGGCCACAGAAUGGCUACUUGUUCAAGUGAUCAUUUUGUUAAGGUGUGGGAUCAAAGCAGUGAAGGCAAAUGGACUUUAAGCUAUAGUUGGAAAGCACAUAGCGGUUCAGUGUGGAAGGUGACGUGGGCACAUCCAGAGUUUGGUCAAGUUCUAGCUACCUGUUCUUUCGAUAGAACGGCGGCUGUGUGGGAAGAAAUAGUUGGAGAAACUCCAGGUCCAGGAGAAAGAGGUACAAGGCACUGGGUUCGCAGGACAAACCUGGUAGAUUCCAGAACAUCAGUUACAGAUGUUAAAUUUGGUCCAAAAACCCAAGGUUUACAGUUAGCCACUUGUUCAGCAGAAGGCAUUAUUCGAAUUUAUGAAGCACCUGAUGUAAUGAAUCUUAGUCAAUGGACUCUACAACAUGAGGUUCAGUGCAAAUUGCCAUGUAGCUGUUUAUCGUGGAACCCUAGUCUAUCAAAGCUGCAUCCACAGAUGUUGGCAGUAGGCAGCGAUGAUCCGAGCCCUGGCAAUGGCGGAAAAGUAUUUAUAUAUGAAUAUAGCGAAAACAGUAGGCGUUGGACGAAAUUAGAAACAAUUAAUUCAGUCAUGGAUGCUGUACAUGAUAUUUCGUUUGCUCCAAAUUUGGGAAGGAGCUUUCACAUUUUAGCUGUAGCUACUAAGGAUGUUAGAAUUAUUAAUUUGACACCAGAGGAGGAUGAUCAGAGCUUACAAAGUGGCAUUACAAAAUUAGAUGUUCAAACAGUUGCGCAGUUCGAUGAUCAUAAUACUUUAGUUUGGAGGGUUUGUUGGAAUAUAACUGGGACUAUUUUGGCUUCUAGUGGCGAUGAUGGCUGUGUCAGAAUGUUUAAAAUGAAUUAUAUUAAUUCCUGGAAGCCAGUGGGAGUAUUAAAAGGCGAUGGGUCACAAGCGUCAUCAGAAAUCCAGCGCCUGGCUAAUACAACGACUUCCGGAAACCAACUAGUAACUCCAUCUCAAACCACAGCUAGCCUGCAUGUGCAUGUAUUUUCUCCCUGUAAUCCUGUAAUCAAGAGUCAGCCUAUAAAAAUAGCAAAUGCUUCCCACCAGUUCCAACUAUUUACACGAAUACGAGAUUCGUUUAAUAAUUCGGUAUAGAAUAAGCCCAAAUAUCUAAUUAAAAUAGUUAAUUUGGUACCUCUGUCAACAGCAAGAAUGGAAAUAUGAAAUAAAGAACAGAAUAUUUUUG